AUGGAGGACCUCCAGGACUACGCGUUGAUGACGGAGGCGUAUGACUUCUCUGUCUCCUUCGACGCAUGCAAAGGGAAAUUCCUUCAGGCGAGGCGGGCGCUCGAGUCCGAGGAGACGAUCCUCGUCGAGGUGCCUCUGAUCUGCUGGCCCAUUGGCGCGUCGGUUCCGCUCUCCGAGGCUGUGUUCUGCGAGAACUGUCUGAAGCUGAAGCCUUUUCAGUCUCCGUCGGCUCCCGGCGUCUCCUCGCCUUCUCCUUCGCCUCACAGACCUGAACUUGGCCCUGCCCCCGUCGACGCCGGCCUUGCCUCGCCCCACACCACCUGUGUCCUUCCCGGAGACACUUCCCCCUCUGGAUCCCACACCGCCUCCCAGAUAGACACUCAGCUGUCCCCUUCUCUUUCUUCUGGCGCUUCGUCUUCUUCUCCAGUCGCUUCUUCUCUUGAGGAAGGGUGUGAGUUGACGGUGGACGGCGUCUUGUGCUGGUUCUGCUCGACACCUUGUCUGGCGAAUGCGUUGGGCGGAGACUCACUGCUGUCUCUCCACAAGGCUUUGCCUUCCUCCGCAGAGACGCCGGUGGCUCGCGCGCUGGCCGCGGCUGCAUGCGCGUCUGUCGGCGUCUCCCUGGAGGGAGGGAAGAAGAGGCGAGGCGUUCCGGCAGAGGUCGGCGAGAAGAGAAAACUGCACGGAGGCGUCGACGCCAAGACUGCCAGAACAGGAGCUGCUGCGCCCGAGGAAUGCGCCGAGGUCGACUCAGGUUCCGAGGAAGCGACUGUUGCAUGCCGCGAUGCAGGGAAAGACGACCGCGACAAGAAGCUCGUUGGUGGAUGGAUGAGCGUGCUUGGUCCAGCAUCUCUCCGGCUCUUGCGAGAGAACACCGAAACGCAUGCGUCGACCUCGAAUCCUCUCCCCUCAGAAGCGCUCGCGCGGGCCAUCGCGCGGAUCGCGGCCCAGACGCGUGCACUGCUUCUCGCCCACCCGGGGCUCUCCCUUGGAGAGGCGUUUGCUGCGGCCUCGCGGCCUUUCCAGAGACUCGCGGUUCCCGCAGAGACGCCAGCAGGCUUCGACUUUUCUGCGAUCCUCGCAGCUGUCAAGAGCGAGAGGGAGCUGUUGAGCGCCGUCCUUGCGAAGCGCCUGCAGGCGACUGUGGGGUCGGAGGCUGCAGGCGUUCUGCUCCACAGCGACACUCUCGUCCACCUCAGAAGUGCUCUUUCCGUGAACAGCCAAGCCAUCCAUUUGUGGGGAGCCUCGACGGCCGGCGCCCUAAUGGUCCUGCGAGCCGGAGGUGUAUAUACACUCCAUGCAUGCGCGAACCACAGCUGCGAUCCGAACUGCGGGGUGUCGUCUUCCGGCUCCGAAGGCGGCGGCAGCACGCUGUCCGUCGCGACACUCAGAGCUGUGGCUCCUGGCGAGGAACUGACUGUUUCCUACGUCGACAUUUCGCUGCCGCUGAAGGCCCGGAGAGAGAUGCUUCUCUCCUCUUUUGGGUUCCUCUGUCGCUGUUCCAAGUGCAUGCGCGAGGCGGAAGCAGCAGCGCCGGAGGCCGCGCCAGUCGACGCGGAGAUGUGA